AUGUCUGUUGAUCGCGGAAUUGGUUGCAAUCCAACUGCAUCAAGCACAACUGUGUGUCCAAGAGAAACAUUUGCUACCUCUAAACCUGAGCUGGCCUGCAAAAAGUUCGGCACCGAAGAUUUAUUCAACACCAUGUCAUUCACUGGAUUCCUUGAUCCGUUAUCCCGUGUACCUUCCACCCCACCCUUACACUUUGCUCUGUUUAAGGGAGAUGUACUCGUGAUUUUCUCGUAA